AUGUCGAAGUUUCAUCGCCAGGAUGGUGCCAGUGGCACCACCAACAACAACAUGUACGUAACCACCACGGGUGGCGGGAAGAACGCGCCGAAGCAGAUCUUCGUGGCGCACAGGAGGUCGCAGAGCGAGCUGACGAGCCUGAUGAUAGAGCAGUUCACGCUGCAGAAGCAGCUCGAGGCAGUGCAGGCGCAGCAGCAGCAAUUGCUCGCGCAGCAGCAGCAGCUGGCGCAGCAGACACAGAUGUACGCCAGCCAGGCACAGGCACAGCCACAGCCAGGAACAGGACAAGGACAAGGACAAGGAACAGGACAGGGUGUGGACGCUAUGCUGGGUGCUAACACCACGGCGGCCGCCGUUGCAGCCGCCGGCAUGGCCAACCAGAGUGGUCAGAACCAGGCCCACCACGCCAUGGGGGGCGGGUUCCUGCCACAGCCCCCUAACCCGCACUACAGUACUGGCAACAGUGGCAACAGUGGCAACGGCGGCAACGGCGGCAACAGCGCCAGUGGCGGACUCGGGAGCAACCAGAGCCUCGCGUCGCCCAACAACCUCAUGGCCGGCGGCAACAGGUCCAGAACGCACUCCAGGAACAACUCAGGCUACUACUACUCUAACACAUACGACGGCGCCUCUGUGACCACGCCUUCAGGCCCCAACGCCCACAGGAGAACGGGAUCUCAGUCGAGCGUGUACGGCCACUCCAGGAGACACUCCCUGGGGCUGAACGAGGCCAAGAAAGCCGCAGCAGAAGAACAAGCCAAGCGUGUCGCAGGCAUCAAUGACUCCCUGAGCGGCGUGAACGUCAAGAUCGAGCCAGUAUCUCCAGAUCUGGGCUCCCAGGAGCAAUCCAGCUUCGAAUUCCCACAGAAGACGCAUCGCAGAAGCAACUCAAACUUGUCACCAGCAUCUUACAAGUUCCCAGCUAGCACACCAACGAGCUCUGCAAACACUGGAAACGACGACGAUUUCACACCUACGUCUUCGAUGAACAGGAGAUCGAGAAAUAGAAACUCGGAAUACAACAUAGGCAUAAACUCCAACUGGAGAGUACAAGCACAACAGCAACAGCAACAGCAGCAGCAGCAAGGCCAACAGCAAUACCAGAAUACACAACGGUCACCUUUCCGCCACAGAGCUUCAAACUCAAGAGACUUUAACUCCUUCUCAACACUCGAGCCACCUGCAAUGUUCCAACAAGGUCACAAGCCCCGUAACUCUAACUCAUCCAUACACAGCUUCUCCUCAAACAGCGGAGGUGGAAACAACCAAAACAGCAGGAAGUCAUUGUUCGCACCUUAUUUGCCUCAGGCAAACAUUCCUCAAUUGAUCCAGGAAGGACGCUUGGUAGCAGGUAUACUGAGAGUCAACAAAAAGAACAGAUCAGACGCCUGGGUGUCCACUGACGGUGCACUAGACGCUGAUAUCUACAUUUGCGGUUCAAAGGACAGAAAUAGAGCUUUGGAAGGUGACUUAGUGGCAGUGGAAUUAUUGGUAGUGGAUGACGUGUGGGGAUCCAAAAAGGAGAAAGAAGAAAAAAAGAGAAGAAAGGACGCAUUACAACAAGAUAUCAUACCAUUGAACAGCAACGAUGACUAUCACAAUGACGCCUCUGCCACUCCAAAUACAGGUGCACCAUCUUACAAUUCAGACGAUGUAGUAUUAUCUAUGAGAUCUGAUGGCGAUUUAGGUUCUCCAACGAAAUCUAGUAUCAAGAGAAAGGGCUCAUUGAAACAACGUCCAACUCAAAAGAAAAACGAUGACGUCGAGGUCGAAGGUCAAUCUUUGCUUUUGGUGGAAGAAGAAGAGAUCAAUGAUAAGUUUAAGCCUUUAUAUGCUGGUCAUGUGGUAGCAGUCCUGGACCGUAUCCCAGGUCAAUUGUUCAGUGGUACUCUGGGCUUGUUAAGACCAUCUCAACAAGCUAACAACGAAAACGCUAAAGCUCCUCAAAGCCCAAAGAUUGCCUGGUUCAAACCAACUGAUAAGAAAGUACCUUUAAUUGCUAUUCCAACUGAAUUAGCACCAAAGGACUUUGUUGAAAACGCUGAUAAAUACACAGAUAGACUAUUUGUUGCAUCAAUCAAACGUUGGCCAAUCACUUCGUUACAUCCAUUUGGUAUCUUAGUUUCAGAACUGGGUGAGAUCAAUGAUCCAAAUACGGAGAUCGAUUCUAUUUUGAGGGAUAACAACUUCUUAUCCAAUGAAUAUUCUGACCCUAAGGAUCCUUCCAAGGAGAAGACCACUUUCCAUCCACUGGAAGUUUCUGACAGUGCUGUAGCAGCUAGAAAACAAUUUGAUAAUGCGCAUGGUUAUUCCGUAUUAUGUAUUGAAGAAAACGGAAGCAUUUCUGAGUUUGCAACACACUUAAGAAGGGAUAACGAAGGAAAUCUUGAACUCGGUUGUCAUGUUGUUGAUGUAACUUCCUAUAUUGAAGAGGGCUCCUCUCUAGAUAGAAGAGCCAGAAAGAGAUCGUCAGGUGUUUACAUGCCUCAAAAAGUAGUCGAUCUUUUGCCGGAGACAUUGAACGAUGCCAUUAGCUUGAAGCCAAACAAGAGUACAUUGGCUAUAUCUGUCGUAUAUACAUUAGACCCAUCUACAUUGAAGAUCAAAGAGACAUGGAUUGGUACUAGUAACGUGACCCCAACGGGAAAAAUGUCAGUUAGCGAACUAGACAAGCGCUACAAUACUGGAAGUGCUGAUCCAGUAAGUUCUGCCCUAAAAGACAUUGCUACCAAAUUUUACGCUGAUAGAAUCAACUGGCCAGAAGCACAGUUAUCACCUGCCCUAUCUUUACUUGAUAGUCUUGACGAUGAAAAGGUUAAGGCUGACUUGAACCUCUUCUCUUCCAGUAUUGGUGGCUCUGUAAUUAGUGAACUACAGAGAAAAGUUAACGCAACCGUAGCUGAAAAACUGUAUACUAAGCUAGGUGAUUUGGCAUUCUUGAGAAGACAAACUGCCCCUGUAGCAACAAAGAUCGCAUCUUUUAUCAAAAAGGUGGAACAUUUUGGGUAUGAAAUCGAUACUUUCUCUGCAGACACUAUUCUAAAAUCAAUUUUGAAGAUUGAUGAUCCUGAUGUCAGAACUGGUGUCGAGAUAUUAUUGUUCAAGACCAUGUCUAGAGCAAGAUAUUUUGUUGCAGGCAAGCUUGAUCCUGACCAAUACGGCCACUAUAUCUUGAAUUUACCACUGUACACACACUUCACUGCUCCAAUGAGAAGAUAUGCUGACCACGUUGUUCAUAGACAAUUAAAGGCAGCAAUUUACGAUGUUCCUUAUUCAGAUGAUAUGGACUCCUUGAAAAUUACGUCCGAAUAUUGCAAUUUCAAGAAGGAUUGUGCAAUGCAAGCUCAAGAACAGGCUAUCCAUUUACUACUCUGCAAAACAAUUAACGACAUGGGCAAUACUACAGGACAAUUGUUGACCAUGGCUACUGUCCUUCAAGUUUAUGAAUCAUCAUUCGAUGUUUUCAUCCCAGAAUUCGGUAUCGAAAAGAGAGUUCAUGGUGACCAGCUACCUUUGUUAAAAGCAGAAUUUGAUGUAGUUAGUAGAGUUUUAGAGUUGCAUUGGCAACCAGGCAUCGACAGUGCUACAUUUGUUCCACCAGAUGAGAAGAAUCCAAAGUCAUACAGAAAUUCGAUUAAAAACAAGUUCAGAUCAACAACAGCUGAGAUCGCCGACACUGAAUUUGAUAGAAUGUCAAACAAUGAUUCGUUGGUUAGUGACUCAUUAAGUAAGGAGCUCUCUAAGUUGAGUUUGUCUGUUCCUCAGUUAAGACUACCGGAGAGAAAAGAUGGUAAGAACGCUUUGAAUAAUUUCCUAGCAACUGUAAAUACCAGAACUGAGAAUGAUAAUUACAUUCAAGAGAUUUACGAACUACAAAAAAUACCUAUUCUCUUAAGGGCAGAAAUCGGUAUGGCAUUACCUUGUUUGUCAGUGCGUGCUUUAAACCCCUUCAUGAAAGUGGAACCAAAACACUAA